UCGCUCGCUGCCGAUUUGGGGCCCGGGGGGCGAUGCCUGCGGCCGCCCCGCGAGCCUUCGGGCUGCUCGAAGCGGCGCUGCUGACGGGGCCCCUGGCGGCCGCGGGCGGCGGCGGGGUCGCGUCGCGGGGCGCGGUCGUGACGGUGAGCAGCGCGCCGGCGGGAGGCGCCUUGGCUGCCGGCGCCCGCUUCCCGGGGCUUUUUGCAGAUUUCUCCGGCCCGCCGCCCGGCGGACCGCUGGCUGCGUGGGCGCUCGCCGACGUCGGGGUUCCUCCGCCCCUGCGGGCCGCCGCCCCCGCCGUGGCGGUGGUGCGCCGCGGGAGCUGCACCUUCGAGCAGAAGGCCCUGCGGGCCCAGAGCGGCGGCGCGGCGGGCCUCGUGGUGGCCAGGGACGUGUCCCCGAUGGGCCGCAACGCGUCGAACACGAGCAGCGGCGUCGACAUCUUCGUCGUCGGCAUCGCCAGGUCGUUCGGGGACGCGCUCGCGGGCGACGUCGGCCGCGCGCCCGCGGCGUCGCUGCUGCUGUCCUUCGCCGUCUACGACCUGCGCUGCUGGACGCGUCGGAGGCCGUCAUCUUGCUGCUCGCCACGUCCAUGGUCGCGUGCGGGGCGUGGUUCUCCACGGCCGACCUGCGGCGGGGCUCCCCGCUGGCGCCGAGGCACGACGAGGAGGUCGUCGAGGUCAGUCACUCGGCGGCCAUGGCCUUCUGCGUGUUCGGCAGCCUUAUGCUCUGCGUGCUCUUCUUUCUGAUGGAGAGUACCUGAUCUGGGUGGUCCUGUUUGGCUUCUGCGUCGGGGGCGGGCAGUGCCUCGCCCAGUUCGGGGCCAUGAUCCUGACCUACUCGUGCCCGCGGCUGCAGGCACACGCACUGACGCUGCCGUUUUUUGGUCGCGCCAGCCGCGCGGAGCUCAUCUCCGCGGCGGCUGCGGCCGCCGUCGUCGUGGCCUGGUUCUGCUCGCGGGACAGUGCUUACAGCUGGCCUCUGCAGGAGAUAUCAUCGGGGUGGGCUUUCUGUGCAUGAUACAGCGCACGAUCCGGCUCCCGAACAUGCAGGUCGCCACGGUGCUCCUGUCCGUGAUGUUCUUCUUCGACAUCUUCUGGGUGUUCCUCUCCCCUUAUGUGUUUGGGCAGAGCGUGAUGGUGCAGGUGGCCACGGGGGGCAGGACUCGACGCACGAGACCGUGCCGAUGCUCUUCCGAAUCCCGAAGAUCAACGACCCCUUCUCGGCAACACCCGACCCUCCACUCGGACAACAUGCUCGGCUUCGGAGACAUCGCGGUGCCGGGGCUUCUCGCCUCCCUGCUGCGGCGGCGGGACAUCCUUGCGGGCAAGCGCGGGUUCGCCGGCUACUUCGCGCCCUGCGUCGCCGGCUACGCCGUGGGCCUGUGCGCGACGCUGGUGGCGUUGUCGCUGUCUCGGGGGCUCAAAGACGGCCGCUCCUGGGGCCCUGGGCCCUCCCAGGUCGCGUCCAGGGCGCUACGAGUUCAAGCAGUGGCGAAGCGUCCUGGCGUGCCUACAGGCCUACCAAGCAAUGUUCC